UUAACACAAGGGUUAUUACGUUUUCAGAAAAAAAAGUUUUUCUCUGGUUUCAAACUAGGAGGACAUCGUGGAUCACCUUUAGAAGCACCAGAAAAUUCUGUAGAAAGCUUUAAGAAGGCAAAAGAAGCCGGUUGCGAAGUGGUUGAGUUCGAUAUUCACCUAUCAGCCGACGGUGUUCCAGUGCUCAUUCAUGAUGACACUACUAAACGCACAUCGAAAGAAAAUGUUACUAUUGCCGAAGCGACAUUUGAUGAGAUCAAGCAUAUCUCACUCAAUGAAGUCAAGUUGGUAGACUUUUCUUACACAGUGUGA